AUGGACAGACUCAUUAUAUCUAUGUAUGAACAAAAUCUAUCUAUCUAUCUAUCUAUCUAUCUAUCUAUCUAUCUCAUUAUGUCAGUCAUAAUUUCGUUUUGUCUACAUGUUUCUUUCUUCCUUUUUUCUUUCUUACUAUCUAUCUAUCUAUCUAUCUAUCUAUCUAUCUAUCUCAGUCUGUUCGUUAUCUAUCUAUUUAAUUCUGUUCAUUAUCUAUCUAUCUAUCUAUCUAUCUAUCUAUCUAUCUAUCUAUCUAUCUAUCUAUUUGCUUCAGUCAUAUACAACCACUUGUUCGGAUCAGUGGUUGAAAAUGGCCCCGAGCGAAUCAACAUCUAUCUAUCUAUCUAUCUAUCUAUCUAUCUAUCUAUCUGUAUUCAUAUCUAUCUAUCUAUCUAUCUAUCUAUCUAUCUAUCUAUCUAUCUAUCUAUCUAUGUCUAUACAUGUAUGCAUGCAUGUAUAUAUGAGUGUAUGUGUGUAUGUAUCUAUCUUCCUCUAUUCAUGUCUCUCGAUCUUACUUUAUUCGUAUCCAUAUAUAUUUAUCUUGGCCUGUUCUUAUCUAUCUAUCUAUCUAUCUAUCUAUCUAUCUAUCUAUCUAUCUAUCUAUGUUCAUUAUCUAAUUCUCUUCAUUAUCUAAUAUUCAUCAUUAUCUAUCUAUCUAUCUAUCUAUCUAUCUAUCACAAUAAUCGUAGGUAUUAA